UAACUAUUUGUUAUCAAAUACUUAAGUUAUUGGAUAAUUAAAUUAUUAUUUUAUCGUAAUAAAAAUGCAAGCGGUAAACGUAGUAAGAUUCUAGGUUAUAUUGAAUCGAUUUAAAAAUAUAAAUAUAAAUUUGAAGAUGUGUCCUGCUUUAUUGGAAAAUGAAGAAAGAUGUUUCGGAGGUAUGACAUUUUUUGCCCGCAGUCAUCCUGCUGAGCUUUGCGGCAGUAAUGGACUUCCAUUAACUCCAAAUUCAAUAACAAUAUUAGGAAAAUCUCAAUUUAUGAAAACAAUUCAACAUCCAAAUUUAUCAACAUAUUUAGAUAUUAUUCGUAGCAAGCAUGAACGAACUAUCGUUGUUGCCGAAUAUAGAGGUGAAGCUCUUGCGACAAAAGAAAAUUUAUCCAACGAUGAUAUUAUUAAAAUUGCCUAUCAAUGUUUAAUUGGAUUGAAAUAUAUGAAUGAAUUAGGUUUAGUACAUAGUCACCUUAGUCCUGAAAAUAUUCUUAUUAAUAAAAAUGGUGAUGUUCAGCUUUAUAAUUUUGGAUUAUAUUAUAUGACUGAUCAUGGAAAAAAUGUUUCAUUUCCAAUUGGAUAUCCAAAAUAUACUGCACCAGAAAUUUUUCUUAAUAAUGGAGUAAGAAGUUUCAAAGUAGAUUCAUGGUCAUUGGGAAUGAUUAUUGCAGAACGUUUGUUGAAAUGCACACUAUGGCCUGGUGUUAAAUUAUCACAAUGUUUACGAAAAGUUCUUAGUUUAAUUCAUACUGAAAAUAGUGUAUUCGAACGAUUGUCACGAGAAAAUAAUUGUUAUAGAAUUUAUGAGAAUCUUCCAGAAGACAUCAAAGACUUUGUUAAUUCUUGCCUUCAAAUUCACACUUCAUUACGAAAAGUGCCCGAAGAUUUGUUAAGUUUACCAAUCUUUGAGAAUUUUUUAAAAAAAGAUGCAGAAGAAAUGGAAGAUAAAUUGUAUAAAAACGUAAUAAGUCGAAAAAUGGAUGAGCUGUAUUAUUUAUGGCAAUUAGCAGGUGGAGACAUGUUAAUGGAAUUAAAAAAACAAGGUUUAAUACGUUCAAGACCUCCUAUUCUAUCAAUACCAAAUUUAAUUAUCUUAUUGGGCCAAAUGUUUGGGCGCCGUGAUAUAGCAGGGUUGCUAGAUCUUCGCGUUAUAAAAGUACCUCUUAAUACAUUGAAUCAAAGAUUGUCUCAUAUACUUUAUGUCGCUAAUUACCCUCGACUCACAAGUGAUAUGCAUGUGCAAGCGCAAGAUGAUUUAACCGAAGCUGCAUCACAAUUGCCAUUAAUCAUACGAGAAAGAGAUACAGAAUAUCAAUUUCAUAGAAUUGUUUUAUAUGACAGAUUACUUCAAAUUUAUCCAAUUACAAAAGAUACCAUAAUUCGAGAAGCACAUAAAGAUAUUCCACCUCCAGUACGAGGUGCAGUUUGGGCGGCAUUGCUGAAUGUUACUGGAGACAUUCAAAAGCGUUAUGACAUGAUUGAUAAAGAAACGCCUACUCAUACGGAUAGGCAAAUUGAAGUUGAUAUUCCAAGAUGUCAUCAGUAUAGUGAGCUUUUAUCAUCCGGAGCUGGGCACGAAAGACUUCAAAGAUUAUUAAAAGCAUGGGUUAGAGAUAAUCCACAUUAUGUGUACUGGCAAGGACUAGAUUCGCUUACUGCGCCAUUUUUAUACUUAAAUUUUAAUAAUGAAGCUCGAGCAUUUGCUUGCCUGUCUGCUUUUAUACCUAAAUAUCUUCAUAAGUUUUUUUUGAAAGAUAACUCAGCUGUUAUACAAGAAUAUUUGGGAAAAUUUUCACAAAUUAUUGCAUUUUAUGAUCCACAAUUAGCAAACCAUCUUAAAUCCAUUAAUUUUGUUCCAGAAUUAUUUGCUAUUCCUUGGUUCUUAACAAUGUUUUCGCAUGUAUUCCCUAUUCAUAAGAUUUUACAUUUAUGGGACAAACUUUUGUUAGGUGAUUCGUCUUUUCCACUGUUUGUCGGUCUAGCAAUUUUAAAGCAAUUAAGAGACUCUUUACUUACAUCUGGUUUUAAUGAAUGUAUUCUCCUAUUUUCUGAUCUACCCGAAAUCGACAUAGAACUCUGUGUUAAAGACUCGAUGUCAAUGUAUCAGAGAACUCCAGCAAGUAUUACAUACCGAAGACAUCAAUUUAAUCAAUCAAAAGCUACUAGUUGGUCAGAACCAGAGCCUGGAACUGAGCGAAUGCCAAGAAUUAGUGUGGAUGAUUUCCUGGAUUUACUUAAUAAUACACCUGAAAGAGUUAUUAUUGUUGAUAUUCGUAAUAACAUACAAUUUGAAAGAGGCGCUAUUCCAAAUAGCAUUAAUAUUCCUUUUACAAGCGUACAACUUGCUCAUGUUCAAAUUGAUACACUUGGGCCACAAGCGAAGCCGCUCACAGAUAAUAAAGAUAGUAUCGUUGUCAUAAUUGGACUCAAUGAUCAAAAUAACGCUCUGUUUGCAGAGUUUCUUACCAGCUGUCAAGUAUUUGGUAUUUGUUCAUUGCAAGGUGGCAUUUAUGCAUUGCGAUCAAAAGCCGCCAAUAUUUUACAUCGCAGUCGUUAAAGUGUCGUUUGAAUGUGCCGAGGUUGAAAAGCUUUUAUAAAAUAAUAUUGUCUAAUAUUGGUAAAAAUACUACGAAUUAUUGGUUACACUUAUAUUGUAAUGCUAUAUUGUGAUGAAUGGUAAUUGUAAAAAUUAUUUUAAUUUAUCAAUCAUUUAAUUAAAUUGUAAAU